AUGUCGGAGAAUCUCGAUAGGUGGGAUGCCUACCGCCUUUUCUGCAUAUCUGCAACCGCCGUCGACGGCGACAAGGGCGAGCUGCAGGAUCGCCUCGGGAUCGUGGAUGAAUAUCUGACCGAGUACGAGGUGCUGUGCCGCGCGUUUCACAAGGCGCAUCGCACCACACACGUGCAGGAAAUUCGCCGGCUACUCGAGGACGAAGCAGAGGACAGACGAUUUUUGAAUGAAGACACCGACUCGCUGCCGUGGAAACUCUUUAUCACUAUAUCCUUUGCAUAUGCGCAGGCGCUGGUGGUAGAGCACGAGACAGCGAUGCGCCACGGUAUCGUGGCCGCGUACACCGCGUCCUUCACGGAGCUGCUCUUCCCUUAUGAGACGCUGCAGCGAAUGCGGCUGACGUGGGAAGCACUCGACUCACUGGCACUGAAGGCGUGCAUUGUUGGCCAAUACGGCGUCCGCGAAGGCCAGCUGGCCCGUACCAGCAUCCCGGGGUAUACAGCCGCCUCAACAUACCCACCCUCUGCACGUGCGGCAGCAGCAGCUGCUGCGGUGCACAGUCUUCUCGCGGAAGAGCAUCAGGAGCGCCAAGAGAUGAUAGAGGCACGCAGGCAGCGCGUUGCAGCCUCCCUACUUCUCCUGGCCUCUUACGAGAAGUUCCGUAGUUUCGCCUCUGCCUCGGUGUGUGGCAUGGGGCUCCUACCACAACUUAGGAGCAAUUUCGCAUCGACAGCACGCCAGGCGCUAGACAACAGUGCAACCCGCAUCCAGUCCACAUACCGAGGCUAUCGUGUGCGUGCCGUGCGCGCUAGAUCAUGA